AUGAUCGUAGCCGCGACCGACGACGGCGGCGGCCCGUCGGGCUUCUCCGUGGUCCGCGAUUCCAUCGCGCGCGAUCGAGAGGCGCUCUUCGGCGCGACGCGAGCGCACAUCCCCACGAUCGCGGCCGACGACAGCGCGUCGUCGUCCUCCGCCGAGAGCGGCGACGAGAGCGACGGCGAGCUUCCGAUAUUCUUCAGCUCGCGCGCGUCGGACGACGCGACGACGACGACGACGACGACGAGCUCGACGUUCUCCGCGGCGACGCGCCGCGCCGCCCCCGCGUCCGCGCGCGCCGACGCCGACGACGACGCCGCCGCGCUCGCGGCGUUCGAGCGCGCCGCGACCGCGUCGCUCGCGCGGGAAGAGGCGCGAUCCGCGGCGAUCGUCGCCGAGGCGCACGCGUCGUUCGAACGCGGCGGAGACCCGGGGUACGACGACGACGACGAGUCCACGGACGCGCGCGCGAAGCGACGGCCACACACACGCGGCGCCACCUCGCGAGGCGCUUCGCGCCCGGCGUCCGCGCCGCCGGCGCGCGCGUUUGUCGCGCCGCCGAACGCGAUGGGCGAGCUUUUCUCCGGGUGGCUCUCCGGCGCCGCGGGCAGGCUCGCGCGCGACGACCGCGGCGGUACCGGCGGCGGAGACGACGACGACGAUCGCAUGGGCGCGUUCCCGCUGCCGCCGGCGACGCCGAGGGACGUCGUCGACGUCGACGCGUUGGAGAGAGAAUUCGCGCGCGCGACGCGAGGAGGCGCGACGCUGGACGCCGAUGGUGGCGACUUGCCGUCCGACGUCGCGUCCGCGAUGCCGCCGCCGAGCGUGACGCUGGACGUGGACGGGCCGCGGGGCAUCGGCGGGAUCGACCUCGACGCGCUGCUCGCGAGGUUGUCCACGCCGGAGGGACUGCGCGACGUCGAGGCGGCGAGAUCCGCGGUGGGCGUCGACGACGUGAUUUUCGAAGACGACGACGACGGCUCUUUGGACGAGGGGAGGGGGGAGGAGGAGCGCGCGGGCGCGGCGACGCGCGGCGGCGGCGACGCGGGAGAGCGCGACGAGGAAGGGUGGACGAAGGAACGAAGGGCUUUUGGCGGACUUCAGGGCGGAGUUUCGCGCGGAAGAGGCAGAGGCGACGGCGCGACGCGUCCGCCGCCGCCGCCGCCGCCGAGUCGGCCGUCCACGGCGCGGAAUCGCGCGGGAGGCCCGACCCCGUCGCUCGAUCCGUACGGGCGAGGGACGUCGCGGACGCGGCGACGGGAAGCGACGGCGGCGGGGCGAGGCGGCGCGGGCGCGUCGGUCGACGCCGCGAAGCCGCCGUUGCUCGCGCCGUUUACGUUCCCGCGCGUCGGCGCCCCGGAGCCGACGGUGCGCGUCGACGCGCGGCGGGGAGCCGAGGAGCCGGAGCCGGAGCCGGAGCCCGUCGAUUCGAAUUCAAACGCCGCGCCGCCGCCGCCGCCGCCGGUGGACGACUCCGCGAGCGACUCCGGCGACUCCGACUCCGACGACGACGCGUGGAGGAAGACGCGACGCGCGGCGAAGCCGUCGGUGGCCGCGAAGACGGCGGCGGCGACGGCGGCGGCGGCGGCGGAGCGCGCCACCGCGAAGGCGUCCGCCGCCGCGAGAGCCGCGUCCGACGCCGCGUCGAGAGCUUCCGCGGCUGCAGCCGCACGCGAGGAAGAGGAACACGCGCGCGCGAAGCAGAGGGCGACGAUACUCGCGGCGAAAGAGGCGGCGAUGCGCGAGGCGGUGGCCGCCGCGCGCGACGAAGCCGAGGCGGCGGCCGCCGCCGCGCGCGCGAAGAACGCGGCGGCGGCGGCGGAGGCGGAUGCCGCCGAGGCCGAGAAGGCGCUCGAGACCGCGCGGUCCGAGAUCGUCGAUCCCUCGGGGGGAGACGUCGCGGCGAUGCAUCAUGUGACGCCGGGCCCGGAGUGGGAGGAAGACGCCGAGCGGAGCGCGCGCGCGGAGGAACGGCGCCUCGCCGGGAACGACGCGUUCCGCCGCGGCGACUACCGACGCGCCGUCGACGAGUACUCCGCGUCUCUGCGCGUCAAAGAGAACGACGCGAACGCGCUCGCGAACCGCGCGGCGGCGUUCUUGCGGCUCGAGGACUACGACGCCGCGGAGACGGACGCGACGCGAUGCCUGCGCGCGGACCCCGGGCACGACAAGGCGCGGCAUCGACGCGCGACGGCGCGCCGCGCCAAGGGGGACGUCGCCGGCGCGUUGGCCGACCUCGAGACGCUCCGCGCGCGUCUGCCGCACCACGCGGCGGUGACGAAGGACUAUCACGACGUCCGGCGGCUCGCGUCGCAUUUGGACCCGGCGAAGGCGGCGGCGGCGAUGGAGGCGCAUCAGCGCGAGAGGAGGGAGGCGGAGGAGGAGGCGAUGGCGGCGUGGGAGAGGCGCAGGGACGAGGGGCUGAGAGCGCACAAGGCGCGCGCGCAGAGCGCGCGCGGGUCGCGCCCCGCGAAUAGGUAG